AUGCGGUUAUUUGGAAGAAGCACCGUAACUAGUUUAGUUCUAUUUGUGACUGUGGGUUUUGUCUACACUAGAAAGCCUCUUGGAAUAAGGGAGGCAUUAGCAAUUCUGAGAAAACACCCUCCCUCGAAUUUCGAUUGGUGGAAAACAGCUUCAUUCUAUCAAAUUUAUCCGCGGUCAUUUAAGGACAGUGACGGUGAUGGCAUUGGUGAUCUUCGUGGGAUUAAGCAAAGUUUGCCCUAUUUACGAGAGCUUGGAAUUCAAGGAUUUUGGAUGUCACCGAUAUUCAAAUCUCCAAUGGCGGAUUUCGGUUAUGAUAUCUCCGAUUAUUACGACAUUCAGCCGGAAUAUGGAACUCUCGCAGAUUUUGAUUCACUUGUCGCUGAAGCAAAAAAGUUAGGCUUGAAGGUAAUUCUGGACUUUGUGCCCAACCAUUCAAGUGACGAAAAUGAAUGGUUCCGUAAAUCUGAGAAUCGUGAGAAGGGAUUCGAAGAUUUCUAUGUUUGGCACCCGGGUAAAGUUAAUUCGGCGGAUCCUUCAAAGCCGCUACCUCCGAACAACUGGGUCAGUAUUUUCCGAGGAAGCGCUUGGCAAUGGAGUGACAAACGUAAAGAAUAUUAUCUGCAUCAAUUCGCUGUAAAACAGCCUGAUCUAAAUUAUCGCAAUCCUCGUGUUGUCGAACAGAUGAAGGAUGUUAUGCGGUUCUGGCUAAAACGAGGGGUCGAUGGUUACCGCAUCGAUGCCGUGCCCAUGCUAUUCGAAGUUGAAAAGGAUGCCGAAGGCAACUACCCGGACGAACCGCUGAGCGGUAACACGAACGACCCCAAUGACCCUGGUUAUACGAUUCACACUUUCACACAGGACCAAAAUGAAACAAUUGAUAUGGUUUAUCAGUGGCGUAAAGUUUUGAAUCAGUUCCAGAUUGAAAACGGAGGUGAUGCGAGAAUCAUGAUGACGGAAGCAUACACGAAAAUUGAAAUUCUCAUGCAAUACUACGGCAACGGAACCGUCGAUGGAUCGCACAUUCCGUUCAAUUUUGGUUUCAUUACCGAUUUGGGGAAAGAUUCGUCGGCACAAGAUGUUGAAAGUACGAUCAAUCACUGGUUGAAUAAUAUGCCAAUUAGGAAUGGGGUGGUUCCUAAUUGGGUGAUGGGAAAUCACGACCAGCAUCGUGUGGCGAGCAGAUUCGGCGAGGAGAAAAUAGAUGUGAUGAAUAUGAUUCUUCUAUCUUUGCCGGGUGUUAGCAUUACCUACAAUGGUGAAGAGAUUGGUAUGACAGACGUAUGGAUUUCCUACAACGAUACCGUCGAUCCGGCCGCUUGCAAUGCCGGACCCGAUAAGUAUCAGUACUCAACACGUGACCCGGAAAGGACUCCGUUCCAGUGGGAUGACAGCAAAAAUGCAGGAUUUUCAGUGGCCAACAAGACGUGGCUUCCUGUGUCCCUAACGUACAAGGAUGUGAACGUUGAGCAGCAGCAAAUAGCGAAUAAAAGUCACCUUAGAGUGUACAAGAAACUGAUGGACAUGCGAAAAAGCUUAACGUGGCGAAAAGGUACACUAAAAAUAGCGGUUAGCGGCAAUGUAUUAGUUAUCUUUCGAGAACUUGAUCAAUUCGAAACGUUGAUAACGGUAGCAAACAUCGGUGGCACGUCACAGAUUGUGGAUCUUUCCAAUAUGGGCAGCCAUCCAGUGGAUAAAUUCGGUUUCUACCGAGUGGUGGCCGUUAAUUCUACGCAUAAAGAAGGAGAACUCGUUACUGUUAACAACGUAUCACUCGAACCAUUCGAAUCGGUAGUGAUAAGUGCCAAGAGUCAAUAUUAUUAUUACGAAGUUUUCAACUAUCGCAAUAAUAUUUGA